AUGAGAAGAGUAGGCUAUCUCAGCUGAUUUAUGCAGGAGAUUUAAAAUAAUAAUGUAAAACAUAUCUGUAGGCUUUUUAGUAACUAUUUGAAUGAUGUUUUAGUCCAAUGCAUGUUGGUUGAACGCUUUGACACCUUGAACGUGAAAGUGAGUGGUUCAGUGAGUGUCUCCGCCUAGAACAUCACAGAGCUGAUGAACGCAGCAACGUUCUUUUUCAGAACCAUGGCGAGCGCAUUGUGACGCUGUCCCUUCUACUCCUACUCAGAGCCAUAGAUACAGUAUUUUCUAAAUGGUUAUACUCCUACUGUUCUCUAAACAAUGGUUUCAUAGUUUACAAUUGUAUAAACUCCCAAAUCAUGCUCAAAAUUCAAUUUAAUUGAUGUCACUGUUGAGUGUUUUUUAAUCAGUUUGAUAAACAUGUUUAUCCCAUUGUGACAUAGCCAACCAUGACUUAUGGAAGACUUUGACGUAUUAAUGGUCCCUAUAAAACCCUGUAAUUCUAAGAAAGAAUUGUCAGAUGGUUUUGAACUCAGUCAAAAUCACUGCAGUAUGUAGAGCGAUAAUGAGUAGGUCUAUGUUCAGUCGUUUGUUGACAGCGACCCCGCUGAGAUUCCUCCGCGAGAGGCCGCUUCUGAGUGCAGCUGGCCUGUUGUUUGCGACCGGUUCGGCAGUCUACUUUUAUAGCAAAUAUUACGGUAUCGGUGAGGAUGCACUGGCCACCGUGGAGAGCGUGGACCGUGUUGUCACGGUUGAGGAGGAUAAUGAGCCCACCCUGGACCAGGAGGACCCAGUCCUUGUUCAGUAUGUGGUUGAGGAGGUUGGGCACCGGCCCUGUCUGGCUUUAAUCCCUUGGUCUGGACCUCUGUGGGUUCCCAGCUCUCCAACAUAUUACCUUACCCAUGCUGGGAGGAUGCUGGUGAGAGAGCUGGCAGUGUUAAACACGCAGAUAUUCACAGUGGAGCAGCCCAUUUUCACCUGUUUCACUCCUGCUAGGAGGAUGGUAUGGAAUGAACUGUCCUCUCAAAAUGAACAGUAUGUGGAUGAGGAGGUUGGGCACCGGUCCUGUCUGGCUUUAAUCCCUUGGUCUGGACCCUUGUGUGUUCCUAUCUUUCCUGUCUUCUCCAAGGCCAAACCAGUCUACUACCUCACUCGUGCUGGGAGAAUGCUGGUAACAGAGCUUGCAGUGUUAAACACACAGACUUCCAAAUUGGUUAUUGAGGAGCCUACCAUUCACCUCACUGAAGCUGGGAGGCUAGUGCUUGACCAACUGUCAGCACCUUCAGAUAGCCAUUCACAGCCAAAUAGGGAAGACUCUGGUUUUCCCUAUGAGAAGUUGCAGCUGGUUGGGAACUGGGGUUCGUUUCAUUUCCAUUACUGGAAGAUCCAUUAUAGACGAGUGCAGCAAAAUGAAGAGGACAUGCAUCACCUGUGCAUUGUGAGGGGAGUGGAGAAGCAGCUGUGGUGGAGCAGAGUCAUCCAGGAAAAAAUCCUGGACCCAUGGGGUCUCGUCCAGGUGGUCCUCACCAACAACAAGGUGACUGGUAUUAAGUUCCUUGGUAGAAGGAUCCAUGGACUCAUGUCCUGCCUCGUCAAGAGGAGGUCUGAGUUCACCUAUUAUGAGGAUGCCCAGCAGGUGGAUAUCUCCACCACAGUGGAGGGGUACCAGGAGAGGGGGGAUGAGAUGAUGGCAUAUCAGUUCUCCACCUCUGACAUCAUCACCACCCCUCAUGAGCCGUCCUCUGGCUCCUCUCACCAGUUCCCCCAGAAUUCUCCGCCUCCCCCUUUCCCUUCCGAUUCCCCUCCCAGUCCCCCUCCACCUUACCACUCCACCCAGGACCAGGACCAGACCCCUGACAGCACUCCUCAGGAGUUUGAGGAGGAGUUUGUGGAGGAGCAAAAUAAUGCUGCAGAUGUGCCCCAGUUGCGGCGUUACUUUGAAAACCAAGGGACAACCAACUUCUCUCUGAGGCUGGCCGGUAUCAGACGUGCUAUGGAGGCUCUGACAUCCUCAGACAGUACCUCCCUCAAUUACCUCACCCACGCUGGGAGGAUGGUGUUGAGUGGACUAUCCGAGCUCAACCAGCAGGAUGUGAGGCAGUUUCAGCAGGCCUACGACCUACUGGUGAACUUCAUUAAUGAGCCAGCAAACAGGGAGCGACUAGAGCAGGAGAUGGCUCUCGUAGGAAUCGACCGCAUCAACUUCGCAGAUGUUUUUUAUGAAUUCGUUCUACUAAGCCUUCUAGAAGGAAAGACAUCUCUUCCUAUAUCUGAGCCUGGUAGCUUCCUUUAUCUGCUCCUGCAAGUCAUAAUGAGGAUUGACCCUCCUGGAGGAGCCUGGACAGAGGCUGCUGAGAACUUCUACCUCCUCGUUAAGGGCCAGAUGAAGGCAUGGCUAGAAUCCAUCUUCAACCUCAAUGACUCAAUCUAUGAAAGCCCAGAGAGGCUCUCGGGGGAGGUGAUGAGGAACCUAGAAAUACAGGUUGAGUUCCUGCUGUCCAGCCUGGAUUAA